AUGUUUAUGUUCAAAUUUGUUAUAUGCGUACUCGACGUGGCACUGUUAAAUAAUGGUCCCGCAGUUCGUGGUUCUAAAAUUACAUUCACCGCAAGUGUAACAGGGUACGCUGGCGAAAGCCUGAAAUAUGUUUUUUUGGACGACGUUCACCCACAGCAUGAAGAUGAGUUUAUUUUGUCCUCAAAUGAGUCAACGUGGACUGUAGAGUACCCAAAAGAACUUUAUGAAGCUGGAGAGUAUACAGCAAAAGUGAGGCUUAUGAAAAGUUUUUUAGGGAUUUGGUACUUUGUGGCUUCAUCGAGCACUACUUUUAAGUUGACAGAUUCAUUAAAUGGAAAUUUAGUACUGAAUCAGAAUAAUUUGGAUAGACCCAACAAUUUUGUAGCUGUCAAUAAGACUGUUCUCCAUUACAUAAAACUGCCAGAUAAUGAGAUGCAAUUUCUUAGGGAAAAUGCUUCAACCAUUAUCACAUAUUGGUUCAUUGAUUGUAUUUAUAUAGAUCAAACAACAGAUCUGUCAUUAAAUUACACAUACCUAGAUCUAAUGGGUGACCAUUACAUAGAUGCAUUGGUUGUGGCUAACAACAUGCCAUUACCACCAAUUACAACAACCACUACUACGACUACCAGUACCACAUCCACCAGUACCACUACUACCACUACCACUACUACAACAAAACCCCCAAAAACAACUACAAAUAAUGCAACACAAAUCUAUUCAAUAACUCCAUCUACACAGUUUGAAACAAUAACAGAAAGUUCAGAGCCAGUUACGCAUAGAAUAGCAAAGCGAAUGAUAUCAAAUAGGACUAUAAUGAAGAAAAGAAACAACUCCACAAAGGAUUAUAUUUGUCAUAAUUCCAGCAUAGUUCCUAUUGGGAAGACAUUCACAUAUGGUCACUAUCAAGAGACUAUUAGUGUUAGGGAGGAAAUUUCGACAAUUAAUAUCACCGGUCUCAAUUGGCUGCAGCAUGGUGAUUUAUUGAAUUUACAAGUGAAGUAUACGGGCUCGCCCCCAUUUGACUAUUGCGCCAUUUACAAAGAGGGACAAUAUAACAUAACUGGGAAUGAGACUUGCAAUUUUAAAACAAGGACUGUAUCCAAUGCUUUUCCAUUGGUUCACUAUUUCUCAGACAGCGAUCAGCACACUGUUAUAGUGAUUGUGGAAAAUGAUGUUGGCAAAAAUGUUUCGAGAGCUACAAUAAAUAUUUACAAAGCUGCCGUCCACGCCCAAUUAUCAGUAAUUGUAGUACCCGUGGUAUUCUGCCUGGUAGCAGUUAUCCUGGUGGUGUUUGGUAUAGCUUAUUAUCAACAUCGGUCCAGGUAUACGAUUGAAGUCGCCGACUUUGAUUUUGGCCAACAAGCUCGCUUGGAUUAUAAAACGUUUACAGAACGACUUAGGGAUAGCUUUAGGAACGCAUUCGAUUUCAGGCAGAGGGACGAUAAUGACCCUCUGACAUCCGAUACUAGAUACGAUUCCAUGUCGUAA